UGUUGAUUUGCCCUUCAACUCGGUUACAACUCCAACUUGCAUGGGCAACACUGUGACUUUGAUGGACAAGAGUCUGAAGACGAAGACGAAGACAGAACGCAAGGCCGCCGAGACAGCGGAGCUUGAGAGACGCAAGGCUCUCAGAGCUCAAAGAGAAUUCGAAGCUUUUGGAGCGGAACGCAAACAGAAACCAGGAACUUUGGCGGUAUACGAAGUUUGGUGGUGUCAACAAUAUCAAUGGCUGAAGGAUGAAGGGUACUUACUUCGCCCCCGAUACGCUCCGGAAUGGGUACCAUCAUGGGAGGGUUCGCAGCGUCACCCUUUUGCUUGUGAAGAUGGUCACACAUCCUGUUUCUCCCGCAUCAUCGAUGCGACUCGCAUGUCUGAUGGCUUGUACGUUUCGCUCAAAGUGGUGGACAAAUCGGACUUCCCUCACGAGGUAGAUAUCGGGCAAUAUUUUAUGAUGGAGCACCUUGCCUCAGAUCCCAAGAACCACUGUGUUCCGUUUCUCGACGUGCUAUCAAUACCGAACGAGGAAGAUAAGCAAAUUGUCGUGAUGCCUCUGUUGCUUGAUUUUACCAGGCCUCGAUUCGAUACCGUCGGCGAGGUAGUGGAAUGCUUUAGACAGCUGUUCGAAGGCUUGCUGUUCAUGCACAAUAACCAUGUAGCGCACCGCGAUUGCAUGUCGAGAAACAUCAUGAUGGACGCCAAAGACCUCUACCUUGAACCUUAUCACCCUGUUAAGCCUCACAUGAAACGUGACUUCAGUGGCUAUGUGAAGCAUUUUACUCGCACUCAACGGCCGCCGAAGUACUACCUAAUCGACUUUGGUUUAUCACGCCGGUACAAUGCCACCGAGGAAAACCCACUGGAGUACCCGAUUUUUGGGGGCGACAAAUCAGUGCCAGAAUUCCAGAAGAAUGCCGAUGUUCCGAUGAAUCCCUUCCCCACCGACAUCUACUAUCUCGGAAAUGUCAUCAGACAACAGUUCCUGCAUGCCAGAUUGGGGCUCGAAUUCUUGAAACCUCUCGUUGACGACAUGGUGCAGGACGAUCCCAGCAAGAGACCUACCAUGGAAGUGGUAGUAAAACGGUAUGAGUUGAUCCGUCAACAACUCAGCACAUGGAAACUGCGCUCCCGCGUCAUUUCCAGGGAGGACGGUCUUCUUGAAAACAUGUAUCGGGGAACUGUGCAUUGGCGGCGGCGGAUAGGCUUUAUCGUCAGGCGUGUUUCAGCCAUACCUUGCCCUCCCGAAUGAAACACGCCUCGUGUGAUGCGCAUACACUUGGAUACGAUGUGAGUCUCGAGGUGCAAGGCGAAGUGCUCUGGGCUCAGGAUAUAGGAUGGGGUCUUAGCCAAGAUCUACCCGCUGAAUGGUCCGGGCUGGUUGGUUGUUCUUGCAUGAUUAGCACACGUAUAACAGGCGUCGUUCUUCAUUGUUAUACGUUAUUACCCAUGAGUUUUGGCUAUAAUAUGUAAGGUUGCAACAACGACAGAGUUGUCCACAAGCCAGCCUCGGGCGUAUCUUGCCUUCAGGAAUGCAUGCAUACGAAUACUUCUU